ACGGUCAAAUUUUAUGAUGAAGAGAGGAAUCAGAUAGAGAGAGAGAGAGAUGGGAAGAAGAAAAGGAACGGAGAACCUAGAAACCAUAAUUCGUAGAGGAGGGCAGAAAGAUGAGGAAAGAGUCGGAGAAGUAGAAGAAGUUGGAGGAGAGAAAGAGAAGGGAGGAAGGUUCUUCUCAUGCUAUCUGCUGACCUCUCUAAGCCCCAGGCACACACGCUCCACUUACAUCGGAUUCACAGUGAAUCCACGCCGAAGAAUUAGGCAGCAUAAUGGGGAAAUCAGGUCCGGUGCCGGGAGGACCAAGAAUAAGCGCCCUUGGGAAAUGGUAUUGUGCAUAUAUGGCUUCCCCACCCAUGUAGCCGCUCUUCAGUUUGAGUGGGCCUGGCAGCACCCAGUAGAAUCUCUGGCAGUAAGAAAGGCAGCAGCAACUUUUAAGUCCCUUUCAGGACUUACCAAUAAGAUUAAAUUGGCAUACACAAUGCUUACCCUUCCUGCCUGGCAGAGCUUGAAGCUCACAUUUAAUUUCUUUACCACGAAAUACCAAAAGCAUACAGCUGGUUGUCCAAGUUUACCGAAGCACAUGAAGGUCCAAGUUUGUUCCAUGGAUGAGCUUCCCUGUUACAGAGGAAGUGAGUCAAAUGAUCAUGAAAAUGGUGAGUUGGAUGAUGAUGGAGAAUGUGAUGGAACUAGUGGAUUCCAGGGAUACAUAGCAGAAGGAUCAUCACAUGAAACAAAUCAUAGUUCAGCAGAUAAUCAUAAUAGCAUUGAAGAAAAUACUCAUGAACAAAUGGGAUGGAUUGAAGAAAAUACUCGUGAACAAAUGGGAUGGAUUGAAGAAAAUACUGGUGAACAGUUUGGAGGGGCAGAAGAAUUUGGCGAGAGACAGGCAAGGGACUCAUCCUGUAGAAGCGCAAGUCUUAGGAAGCUGUUUUGCCAUAGUUAUUCCCCUGUGAGAGCAUUUUCAUCGUCUCUUGCCAGGCCUCAUAGCACGACAGCCACUGUUGAAGAUGGGGAUAUGUUCAGAUUGAUUGAAGAGAGUAGUUUUGAGUUGGAUUCGCCAUCCCCCAUUCCUUUAACUACCACAAUAGCUGCUGAAAAAGAUCAACAUGCAAUCAAGAGGUCUACUACCUCAUGUGAAGCUGAGGUUAUAGAUCUGUUCACUCCCUCGCCUUGUUACAAUACUAGUUCAGGCAGCAAGAAGAGAAGAUUCUCUACUAUUUGUCCCGAGAUCAUUGACUUGACGAAGUCACCCAUUUUUGUUUAGUUGUGUAAUAUCUGGCACAUAAAUAAAAUUAAUGCAAAAAGCAGGACAACACUUAUGUCUCGUUUUGGAAUAAAAUGUUGUCAUUAAGGAAAAACAUUCUCUGUUGUUAGCGAUUUGCACUCGCAGGAGCAGCAGUUGGCAGGCAGAGGUGGUCUACCCAAUGGAUUUAUGAACUGAUGACCUAUGGCAAUAUGUGGAUUACGGGUUGUCGUGUUGUAAAUCGUAUCCACAAUUUUCAUGCACGUCUAUAAGAUAUAUUGUGUACCCUAAUAAGUAGGCAGGUUGCAAACCAGCCACAAAAAUUGUACUACAGAAUGGCAAUAUGAGGAAGAAAAAAAAAGGGAAGCUAUCAACCACACAGGCCAAAAUUAGGACAAGCUUAUUUGAUUGAGAAAUGAUACAAAUAAAGACAAUCAUAACUAUUCACAAGAAAGGAAGAUUAGGAAAAUGUAUAGAAUAGACAAACUUGAAGAAUUUGCCAUCUUUGGCAAUGAAGGUCACUGCUCCUGCUGCAUCAGGUGUUUAUGUAAUUGUUGGUUGCUUCUGUGGUCAUAGUUGUUGUGACUCGUCCUGUGAUAGUUGUUGCUGAUGCUGUUCUUGUGGUGGUUGCUCUGAUAGUUGUUGCUGAUGCUGUUCUUGUGGUGGUUGCUCUGGGUGUUGCUCACCUUGCCAAACCCAAACAAUAUCUUGAAGACCAGGUCUUAUACCCUCUUUCAUCAGCUCCUGAUAUUCCAAUGUAUCUCCCCUAGAUUGCUUGAGCUCCACCAGAUGAAAGGAGGGAGUGAACUCAAAGAUCUCUGCGUCAAUUGACAAGAUUCCUUUCCUACCUUCCUUUGUUCCCUCGAACUUUAGCAGCCCUCCAUCCUUUUUCCCCAUCUUUAGUCUCAGACGUUUAGCAACUUCUUCUAGUUUAGAGAUGAUAACUGAGGCAGGUUGCCAGGAUGUG